GUGUUUGUGUGUGUGUGUGUGUGUGUGUGUGUGUGUGUGUGUGUGUGUGUGUGUGUGUGUCAAGGCUCCAUGGUUUGUCUUAAACCAGGAGACUAGCUUACACAGGUCAGAACUGUCUGGGAUGACAGAACAGUGAGCGCUUUUUUUGUGUGUGUGUCUGUGUGUGUGAGAGAGAGAGAUACUGUUAGCAGAGGGGGAGAGUUGUGUGCUGGUUUCUCCAGGUGAGUGCUUGCAUGCCAGAGUACACAGUAAUUUCCCUAUGCAGCCAGUGCUGUAUGUGUUUAUGCACAGCACACUUUUAUGUAAGUAAGCUAGAGUGCAUGUCUGUCUGUAUGGAGUGCAUGAAGUGGGAGUGAGAGAGAGAGAGAGAGAGAGUGAGUGUGUGUGUGUGUGUGUGUGUGUAAGAGAGAGAGAGAGAGGCGGUGACAUUUUUUUUUUUUUUCAGUUUGUAUUCCUGGAAACUGUUCUGCAGCAUUGCUCAAUAAUGAAACUAGUGCGUAUAUGUAUGUGUGUGUGGUAGCUAGUGGGGAGAGCAAAAAAAAAAAAAAAAAAAAACAGUGACACAAGGUUGAGGGAAGGGAAGAAGGUGCAGAUAUGCCUGGAGAAUGCUACUGAGAAGGAGUGAGGGGAGCCAUCAAAGUUGAUAUCAAAUUGUGUGUUGCGUUGUUUUGUUUUCUAGCUGGAGUUCAGAAAGAAGACAAACGUUGACAGAGGUGUAGGGUUAGCGAAAUGAAGGAGGACCUCGGGACCGUGACAUGAAAAAGUGGUUGUGCUCAGUGUUUGAGGAGGGAAAAAAAAGUUGUUGACAUGGCUGACUUAUAGGUCAUCUAAGUCUGCAGGAGAAUUGUUAUUGAUGCAUUAAGUGCAGUGUGCGGAACAGAUCCUGGAAUUUUAAUCAUGUAAAACAACAUAUCCUCAAGAUGCCUCUCUCAGUGGCAGAGUCUGCAGUGAAUAUCUGAAACCCCAUCUUCCUCUUCCUCUUCGGCCAUCAUGUCCCAGCUGCUCCAUGUGGAGAUCCCGAACUUUGGAGCCACAGUUCUGGGCUCCCUGAAUGAGCAGCGCCUGCUGGGACACUACUGCGAUGUAUCCAUCCUGGUCAAAGGUCAGGCGUUCAAAGCCCACCGGGCCGUUUUGGCUGCCAGCAGCCUCUACUUUCGUGACCUCUUCAGCAGCUCCACCAAGACCCAGUUUGAGUUGCCCUCCUCAGUCACACCUGCUUGCUUUGAGCAGAUCCUCACUUUCUGCUACACAGGGAAGCUAACAAUGGCAGCUAGCGAACAGCUGGUCGUCAUGUACACAGCUGGCUACCUCCAAAUUCAGCAUAUAGUUGAAAGAGGCAUGGACCUAAUGUUCAAAGCCAACUCACCUCACUGUGACUCGCAAACAGCAGGGUCCUUAGAGGAAACAGGAUCCGAACCGCAGAGUCCCUCUAAUAAUGGCAAUGGCCUAGCCGUGGCCGCCCUUUUGGGAACCCCGGGUUGGUCUCCAUCCCUGCUCUUGCCGCAGCGUAAGAUUAAACUAGAAGGGGGCGACCCAACCCCCCUGACGAUACCCUCGACGCAGGGCAAGAUUCCAUCUUCGGAGCUGGGGAGCCGGCUGGCGAGGGCCAGCUUGUUCUACACGACGGCCGGAGGGACCCCAGUUCCCGGUCUGCCUCCUUACCACCUUCAAGGGGCUGGCGGAGGUGGAACAGGAGGAGGAGCGGGAGUUGAAAGAUCCAGUCCUGGAGCAUCCAGCCUGCCCACCACUGACAGUCCUACAUCCUACCAGAAUGAGGAUGAGGAGUUCGAGGAAGAGCCCUAUGACGGGAUAACAGAGGAUGCCUACAGUCAUCUCUAUGGACGCUCAUCUAUUCCCUAUGGGAUCCAGGACAAGGGAGAGAUGGCGGCAGUGCCCUUGGCCUUGGAGAACCGCAACUGUGUGCUGAUCCGCCGGGACCUGGUGGCGCUGCCUGCGAGUCUCAUCAGCCAGAUAGGCUACCGCUGCCACCCUAAGCUCUACACUGAGGGGGACCCUGGGGAGAAGCUGGAAUUGGUAGCUGGUACACAGGUGUUCAUGACUCGAGGCCAGCUGAUGAACUGUCAUCUAUGUGCCGGUAUCAAACACAAAGUCUUGCUCCGCCGUCUGCUAGCCACGUUCUUUGAUAGAAACACUUUAGCCAAUAGCUGUGGGACAGGUAUCCGUUCUUCUACUAGUGAUCCCAGUAGGAAACCCUUGGACAGCAGGGUCCUCAACGCUGUAAAACUCUACUGUCAAAAUUUCAACCCUAACUUCAAGGAGAGCGAAAUGAAUGUGAUUGCUGCCGACAUGUGCACAAACGCGAGGCGUGUCCGCAAGCGAUGGUUGCCCAAGAUCAAGUCCAUGCUUCCUGAUGGCAUGGAGGUGUACCGUGCUGGAAUGGGCAUGGGUGCUGCUGUGGGCCUUGGCCUGGCACUGGGUGCCCCUCAACCGGGGGUUCCCCUCCCGUUUGAGCCUGACUUCAAGACCCUUGAGCAAAGGCUGUAUCCAGAUCGUAAGGACCCUCUCAGGACUCACCCACCGUUGACAGAGGGCAGCCCAGGGUCUGGGGCAGCCGGGGCGGAGGCUGAAGGCGAAGGUGAAGGAGGAGUCACCCAGGAGGAGCAGGAGGAAGAUGAGGACGAGGCCGGGUUAGAAGGCGUAGACGGAUCUCUUGGGGCGCCAACUUUGAUCCCGGGGGCUGAGGCGGGUAGCUGUGGCGACACGCCGCCUGAGCAGGAAGUGGAAAGUUUUGGACAAGGUCUGAGGGUGAAUGGACAGUGAAUGUCCUUUUGGGCUGCCUCUCACAUUGUGAAAUCUGUUUAACACCACAUUUUCUUUUGCCUGCAUCUCGUCCACCACUCUUUCUUCUCCUCCUCCUCAUCCGUGCUUCCUUGACAGGAAUUAUCGGCACAAAAAGCUGCGCUCGUAGAUCUUACUAACAGGAAUUUGUCACACAUGCAUGCGCACACGUGUGCUUGUGUACACGCGUACUUACUGAUAGUGGAAGUAGAACACUGAUAGUAGAGGUAGACACAGGUAUGGCAUUAGCACAUCAAGAAAAUCAAUGAUUUCUGCUCCACCUUUUUCUUCAUAUAUUCAGUAUUUACUCGGUAUUUCAGCACCUGCAGCGAUAUUACAAAAGCCCUAAUAGCAGAACGAAUGGCUGUAAUGAUUCAUGAUUUCGGUGCAAUACAAAAGCAACAGCUGCUUUGCUGGCAGUUUAUUGAGUGCGGUAUAAUGGUUUGUAAAAUGAUUCCAUUUUCUUGGAAAGCUGUGUGCUGAAAAUAACCCAUGUAACCUUGGGCAAAACAGGUCAGAGAAACACAACUCUCUUAAAAAGCAGCUUAUUUUGCAGUGUUUGACCACUUUACAUCAUAUUGUUGUAUGAUAUAUAUGUGUGGAUAUACUGUAUAACAAAGAUUGUAUUAGAAUUAAAGGUCAAGUACUGUAUCAGCACCAUUAAACUUAACAAUUCUUAUUUCCUGUUAAAACAGCACAUCAUUUCUAUGGUAAAGAUGACGAAGGUUUUUCUGGGAAAGUUAAAGACUUCUUCACAAUCUUAAGAAACAAUCUAUCACAUGCAGUUGUUCUUUCAUGCGCAUUUGCCCAUUCCACAUUAGAUUAGAUUGUCAAUGCAAUGCCUGUGUCUGCUCCAGACAGCCCCUCCUCCCAACAACACACACAUACAGACAUACACACACACACAUGUGCGCACAUUUCCCACCUUAUGAUACUAGCCUUUAAUAUCCGCACCAAUGCAUUGAAAAUACAUCACAACAAAUGUAAUGAUGCUUUUUAACCCUGAAAAUAAUCAUUUUAAAUCAUGUCAUUCUGUCUUGGAGAUACAGAGAAACAUGAACAAGAACAUGCACUAAAAUCCAAGCUUGCAUGCAUGUAUACAAACAGUGGAUACAGAGAAUUAUCGAAAACAACGUCAACAAAUCCACAAACCUGCAUCUAAGUAAGAAAACAGCUACUGUUGCCUCGAGAUAUGCCAUUAAUACGCAAAAGAACUUUUUUUCCAUUUCUCACAGACCUCAGUCUGACACGUUAGAACUGACCUGGGUGUGACCCGGGAUCGACUGUGUUUGACACAGUACCCAAUUGGAUCCCCCCCCCCCUUUUUUUUUUUUACUAUGGAGCAUACUGUCACCACUGGUAGAGGAGAUUGACUAUGUGGAGUAGUAAGAAGAAAGCGCACUACACCAAGUGGUAGAAGAAAUAAAGUCAGAGAGAAGCACUGUUUCACCCUGAUGUGGUGGUGUGAUUGGCACCAAUACUACAUAGUCCUGCUUCCAUAAUGUUUUUUGUUUUCUUUUUCUUUUUUUUCCUCGGGGUGGGAGGUUGUUGGGGGUAAAUUAUUGAAUAAAACCUAUAAGAGCAAUUUCUGCUGGCUUAUUGCAUUUGCACUCAAAAUAUAAAUAAAUGAGUAAAAAGUUUGAAGGUGGGUGCCAAACUAAGGAGUUUGGCAAAACAUGCCUGUAUUCAAGACUGAAAUUUCCCUCCACAUCACUCUGAUUAUUUAUUUGAUGGGGUAUUGUGGGUUUAAAAAGAAACAAAUGGUCUCUCUGACGAUGACUGUUUCUAUAUUAUGGAAGGGGGUGUGGGGGUGUGGGGUGGCAUGAGGCAAUGUCGAACAGCGACUUUAAACUGUAUUUGUUUUAGUCUUUCUUUUUCUUUUUUUUGAUAUAUGUUUUCAUGCUUUCUGCCAUGCAUACGGACAUAGUCCAAACUGCCUUUCUUUGUUGUUUUGUGCAUUGAUUUGAAAAGAUACACUGUUGUAUGUUUUUCUUCACUUUUCCUGCUCAGCAGUCAAAGCACAUUUAAUCACAAGAUCAGACCGUCAAAUCUAACAAUUUAAUGAACCACAAAGUUAUUUUCAGCCACCACCAUUUUGGCUAGUGAUCUGUAGUUUCUUUUUCGGGGGGGGGGGGGUGUUUUCCACAGCAGAAAGAGAUAGCUUAAAUGAACAAUUAACCAGAAAAUAACAGUCUAUGCCCUUGAUAUAUUUGAUUGGUUUGUUAAUGCUUCAAAGGUUAGGCCAGAUUAUUCUCUGUCUGUAUUCUACGUAUCUUGUUUCGGGAGAUUCUUUGGGGAAAGCUUUAAGAUGGCCCUGCACAAGAAACACAGGGUUAAAAUUGCACUAGGUAUUAAUAAUGAUGUUUACAGAGGUUUUUUUUUUCCUUUUUCUUCUCUUUUUUUUUUUCCUUUUGUUGGAAGAAAUGUGAUCUGCCAUAGAUGAAACAGGGCUGUGACCGAAUGGCUGAGAUGAUGGAUGAAUGUAAACUGUAGCACUGCUUUGGUCAGGGCUCCAAGCCUCGAUUGAAUAUGAUAAAAAUACUGAAUCUCUUUUUUUAAAUACGACUCACUUCUUUCCUCAAUUGUAUACUCUUAUAAACAGGCCAUAAUACGAAACAUAUAAUCUGUGAGGUUUGACAUUGUCUUAACCUAGAGCUUUACUGAUUUACACUUUUUUGGGUUUUUUAGUGAUUUCUUUUGGGUUUUUAAAAUCUGAUGUGAACAGGUCUUCCAAUGUGACAAACACCAAGGAGCAUUUCUCUAAUAUGUAGAAUACUGAGCGAGAUUCAAGUACAAGCUUUUAUUAUUCUAUUGUUUAUAUUAUCUUUAUCCCAACAGUUGUCUUUAAUGUUGAAAUGACUUAUGUGUUCACAGAACCGAGAGAUCCUGAAAGUUUCUGUAAUGAUCUACUUUAAGGUUUAGCUAGUUAUUUCUUAAUUCAUUUUUAAUUUAUUAAGCUUCAGUUCCUAAAGUUGCUCUUGUAAAAAAAAUAAAAAAUAAAGGUAUCCAGAUGUUUGUUGGAGCUGCUACCUUAAUUACUGGUCUUUUGAGAGGAUCACCUGCACUUGUGAUUUUGUCAAACCAAGGUAAUAGUCUUCCCAAAAAUGCAUACGUAGCCUAUGUAAUUACAAUAAUUACUUUAGAUUACAAAAUAGCACCUUAAUCAGCCUGCCACCGCCCCAAAACUGAAACCCCUGUAUUCCACUGCCAUUCCACAGAGCAGUAAGUAUGACGUAAACAUUGAAUCUAUUUUUCUCUCUUUGUAUUUUCUUGCACUAUAAAUCUGUGCUUUUGGUUUUACUAAGAUCUGUUUUCUUCUGUAUCUUAGAGGAAUGUGAAAUUAACUCAAAUUAAAACAAAGUGGUGAUUGACACAGGGUGGGACACACUGAUAUACUCCACUGUAGUGAUAAACAGGUGUGGAGCAGUGCCUUAGACUGUGUGGGUGUGGAUGUUAUGAUGUGAACCUUUAUGUUCAGGGAGUAACAAGACAAAGGACUGGUAGAAUGCAGACACUGACAGGUUUUUUUUUUUUCCUUUACUAAAAUUAUAUUUUCACAAAAAAAUUGGCCUCUCAGAACCUUUGCUCAGUGUAGUGUAAUUUAUUCAUACAUUCAUUUUCUCACUUUGUGUUCACCAUCAUGUCAUUCUGUAGGAAGAGAGAGUGCAGAUUGAGUUAAAGAGGUUUACCGCACUUAGAUACAUUCAGCAGCUAAUCAGCAAUGAUCUGGAUUUCCUGGAGUGACACACAAAAAAGUGAAACUAAAUCUAACAUAAUCUGUUGUAGUAGAUCGGUGUCUACAAGCUAUAAGCUGCAAACUACAAAAAAUAUGUCCAACUCUGACAAAAACAACUUUUUUUUUUUUUUUUUUUAGGGGAAAAUCUUUUCUAGCUUCUCACUUGCUUUGGGUCUUUUGUCUUUUCUUGUGCAGGGUUGAAUUUGAACAUGAAUGAUGUUGCACUAAUAACUGAGGGAUUCUCAGAGAAUGUCAUGGCUAACCCUUGGGAGGAUGAACUCUAUUUGAGGUGGCUGAUCAAAAAAAAAAAGUCCUGUAAAAUUGUAUGUAAUGUUAUUUAUUUGACAUGUUUCUUUGAUUGAAACCGGUGUCUCCUAUGCCUCUUUUUUCAGUUAAGUGACAGGAGUUUGUCUAUUGCUGUAUCUGCUAUUCACCUGCAUGAUCACAGAAAAUGACAAAAUAAGACAAAGGAUGCUUUGUUGGUUAAAAAGAUCCUAUUUUCACAAACCUCCUUUGCAAAUAAAUUGUUACUCACUUUCUUACUUUCAUCCCCCAUUACUGUAAAACUAAUGGGCACAGUAGUUUUUUGCUCCAUUGAAUGGUUUAUCUUAAAAACAAUACAUUUAUAUGCAAAGAGACACUUGUAUCAUAAAAUGCAUGCCAUUCAGACACUCACUCUAACCCGAUGAAACCUCUGAUCUUUAUGCACCAUGUAUUUUAUGCUGAAUAACUGUUGUCACCGUUAGCAAACAAAGACUGUGGAGUCUUGCAAUGAGUAGGGUUGUAUUUUUAUCUCACACACACCCUGGCCUUUUAUUGAAUGUUUGCGCAAAGUUGAAUCUCUUGUAAUAAUGACAGCAAAGUAGUGUUAAAGAGAGGAAUACAUCGACUAACUACCCAGUCGAAUGUGCAUUUUAAACCUUCAGCAGACUCAGAAAAUGCACUAAAAAGUUUAUAUGUGUAUGUUUGUGUCCUUGAACAUAAUGCCAGCACUUUAGAACUACUUAAGACAAAAUGAAAGAAAAGAGAGGAACAUAAAGAGUUGACAGAGGGUCGGGUGGAUUGGGGGGGGGACGCAACUUCUAAAGCCAUGUGUUCAGAGCACUGACAAUCAGAAUAGAGAUGAGACUCAAAGUGCACUAUGGGAGAUCUGACAUGACUUGCUGUGCUCUUGCUAUCUGCUUUGUCUUUCUCCAGCUUGCUUUGGUCUCUCUGCUAGCUUACUUCCCAGAGUCGAGGGACGUUAUGAUGUUAACCCCAGCCUUCUUGGUUAUAAGUGUGUGUCUCUGCAACAAGGACUGACUGAUAUGUUACUCAUACCUUGGUGCUUCGUGAACAGAGCUGUUCCAUGUUGACAUGGACCAUAUCUGUGAUGCUCUGGUAAGCGUGGGCCAAACUUGGUCCGGCCCUAAGUCUGGGCUUAUUGGUAACCUCUAGAGUCCACGCGACAAAGGAGGAUCUUAUCAUGCAACCCUACACUUUGAUCAUGGUAAUGUUUUUCACUAUCCACAGGGCUUGGACCAGGCAAACUGGGAUGGGACAAUUUCAGUGUCGAUACUGCUUUCUGUUUAAAAUGAAAAAUGUUAAAAUGUUUAUGCGCCUUCCGACUCAAGCAUCAAUAAUAUAUACAACAAAAAUGCAAGUUGCCACGUUUGAUGUUGCAUAAGAAUCUACCUUUCAUUCCCAUCAUGGUAUUUGCCACCACCAGUUUUCAGAGUACCUGAUUUCUUUAAAUGCAAUACAGAAAAAUCUGCUUUCUAAUAAAAGUCCUUACUUCA